AUGAGCUCAGAGAAACACAUGCCAUCAUCUGAUGGAACUAGAGCCUCGAUUCAGAGUCUACCUCUCUGGGCAGCGGCCAAUUCUACCCCAAGCUCCCUUCAGGUCAGUGAUCCUUCAACGGCGAACGGUGACGGAGAAGUGGAUCAUCAGCCGCACCAGCCUGAGCAAGAUGCAAAAGCUCUCGUGCAUCGUGGGGAUGUGAUUCUUCAGUAUACUUCCACGGAGUCGUCCAGAUCAAAUCCUCCUCGGACAGUCAUACAUCGCUGGCAGGUUUCCAGCGAGGAUCUAGUGAAAAACAGCCCGUAUUUCCGGGCUCUCCUCGACCCCAACAAGUUUUCAGAAGGAAGGCACUUCAUGCAGCAAAGGACUAUAUGGAGUCAAAGGCAAGCUCCUGAGAUAGAGCAGGACGAACAUGGCCAGUUGCCCGGUUCCAACGGAAAUGCCUUGCAUAUUACUCAGCCGACAAUCCGUUUGCCAGAUGAUCAAUUCCUGUCCAACCCCGGCGCGGACGCUAUUGAGUUGUUUCUAAAGAUCUUGUCGUAUAACUCGUUCGCCGAUGAUACGAAACAUCAAUUUGAUGCCGAGUUGAGAUCUCAGCCGACCUCUCUAGUUGCAAGAUUAGUAGAGACAGGGGAUGCCUUGAAUUCCCCGCAUGCGGUGCGAGACGCUCUGCGAAGAUCGACAUAUGUCUACGGAAAGGGGAAAAUCUCACUUUCAAAGUUUGAUACUGCGCUGCUGAAGCUGAGUGAAGAUCGAAUCCGGCAGAGUAUAAUUAUCGCGAGGUUCCUGGACGAUCAGCAUGUUUUUCAUGUCAUGACCCAUGCUCUUAUUGUGAUCGGUUCGAGGCACUGGGUCAACGGUAUCGAGAACCAUUCUCCUGGUCCUUUGCAGUGGACAUAUCUACCCGACGGUCUUGAAGAGGAACUCUUCUACAGACGCCAAUGCGUCCUAAACACCAUCGCAGAUCUACAAGCAUACUUCCUUCGCGCCUACGGCGCCCUCGAAGAAACCCCCGACCACGAGCCAAAAGCCAACGCUCCAACACUCCCAGGCUUCACAUCCACCCUCCAACCGCGCCAAUUCCAAUGCCGCUGCGGAUACGGCAACUCCAACGCCUGCGACGCAUUCCAUCUCGGCCAGAUGAUCCGCUUCUUCACCCUGCGCACAAAAACCAUCUUCCUCGGCUCCAGCCUCCUAGACCCAGACUUCAGCCCCGAGGCCUUGGAUGACACCGAGCACAGCCGCGAGCCGCCAGGCUUCCCCGCACCCGGCCCCCCAGCGGACAUCACAGCGGUCAUCUCCGCCCUGAAGCAGUGCCCGGACUACCAGCUCGACGCAAACCACAUCGGCUGCGGUGUGCGCCGGCGCUUCGUCCCGCCGCUGGACUGCAUUGAGCGGUUUGUAGGUGACGGGCGCGGCUUACUGGGUGUCGAGCUACGGUCGUGGGAUGCGAGGAGCUGGCGCCUUGCGUCUGGGUCAUGGGCGAACCGCUCGCGCGCCAGGGCGGCCGUCGUGGAGAUCCGAGUCUCGAAGAUUGUUGCUGUGCGUGCUACGCCGUCGGGCUUGCUACGCGCGAGCUCCCAGGAGGAGAAUGCGCGAUUUUUCUUCACGGCGCGGAAGAGGAACUGGGAGGCUUGA